UACAAUUUGUCCGCAGACAAGACCGGAAACUAAAGGUUUUAGGGCGCUUUUAACGAAUUAGAUCUUGGGCUUGAGUGAAUACUGGAUAGCCUUUAGUGUGGGGUAAGUCAGUUAACCUUCCAAGAUGGCAACAAAGGAUGAAGACAGUGUAGAGCAUACAAUAGAGGUUACAGAAGAGGAAGAGAGUGGUGAUGCAGUUCUUGAUGAAGAUGAAAUUCUAAAUGAUCAUGCUGAAGGUGUGGAAUGUGAAAAGGUGGAUGAGAUUGGUGAGGAGGGAGAAGGCAGCAACAUGGAUGUGAACGAUCCAAGCAAAGAAAUGCAACAUGAAGAAUGUGAGGAAGUGGGUGAAGGUGAAGGUACUGAAGCAGAAUGUGUAGAAGAUAGUGGAAAUGCGGAGAUUGAAGAAACUGGUGAGGAGACUGAAAUGAUGACUGAAGAUGCUGAGCAUUCCACUUCUAUUGGUGAAGAUGGAAACAAUGUGCGUCAUGUGGACAGUGCGCAAGAUGAGGCCAAUGUGGACAAUAACAAAGAUGUGGACAAUACCAAAGACGUGGUCAGUGCGGACAACGCUGAAGAUGAAGACAAUGCUGUGGAGGCCAAAGAUGAGGAUCCAGAUGAGGAUACAGCCUUGGCAUUGAGAGAGUUUACAGUUCUUGAUGAAGUACCAGGAGAGGACAUGGAGAGGCAAGAAAGCAAACCAACAGAUCCAACUACUGGUACAAAAAAGGGCAACCCCAAAGUUCCUUUGUGCUUAAAGCUUUAUCCCCUUCAACUUGAAGAUCUGCAGCAUGAGAAUAUUAGGGCUUUUAUGAAUAAGUCCAAAUUUUUCUCAGCAAGAUUUAUUGGAGAAGAUGAAAGUGAUAAACAAGGGAUAUUGUAUGUCAGGUACCCAACCUUUGAAAACAUGGAGGAUGCCAAGAAGGAGCUGGGGAAAUACAAACUGAGAGAUGGCAGUCAGGCAAUUCUGAAGAAAAGUAUUCAUAGAGACCUUUUAAAAGCUGAAUUUAAGUACAUUCAGAAGAAACGUAAGCCUGCUGAUGAUCCUGAGCCUGUGUCGGUAUUUGUCAAUAACUUACCCUCCUAUGCGUGUGAGAAUAUGCUGAAGGCUCUCUUCCCGACAGCCACGAGUAUCCAGCUGCCCCAAAAGAGCACGGGCACCAUCCAGGGGUAUGGUAUUCUGGAAUAUGCCAGUUGUCAGGAAGCGAGAGCUGUAGUACGAAAGAACAAACAAUAUGCUGCUUUCAUCGGAGACAACCGUCUGAGACUGCAUGUAGUGGGGUAUGAGGGUAUAAAUGAUCAAAAGACGGAGACAUCAUCAUCAACUCAUAAAGCCACGUCCAACAGUGAAAACAACAAAUCUGUGACCGGAAAGAAAGAAACUGAAGGUCAGACAUUGACUUUUGAAUCAGAAAAGAACAUAACAGUCAGAGAAGAAAAAGGUGAACAGCUACAAAAUAAUCAGCAGGAGAAGAAACUGCCACAAAAUAAACAGGAACAGAAAAAGCAGCAGGAGAAGAAAUUGCCACAAAAUAAACAGCAACAGAAUACACUGCAGCGGGAGAAGAAAUUGCCACAGAAUAAACAGCAACAGAAUGCACGGCAACAGGAGAAGAAAUUGCCACAAAAUAAACAGCAACAAAAUACACCGCAGGAAAAUAAACAGCAGGUUACACAGCAGCAAAAUAAGCAACAGAAUAAGCAAAGGGAAAAAAAUCAACAAACUACACAGUCACCAAGCAGCCAGGUGAAUAGUGGAAAACGACAGCGUAAGGACUCUGUGGAAGGAAGUCCAAAAAAGCAGCGCCUAGGUCGUCAGAAUGACUCUGAGAAAUCACUGACUGUUGCAAAGUCUACACGCAGACAGAAAAGAGGUGACAGACGAAGAGACAGAAAUAGCCUAUCUGGGCAGACUCAAGCACAACUAUACGCUGGAAAACUAAGCCCAGGGCAGGGAUCAAGAAACAGACAGUUGCAUCCAAGAGAAGAAUUUCAGUGGAAUCGUGGGUCAUGGACUUCAGAUAGGAGAGGCCAGAGGAGCAGCACUCAGACCCCAGAAAUGCUGGGGGCUAUGACAGCAAGUGGUCUUCAAGCUUUGGGUCUAAGUAAUGUAAAUCCUGGUCUCUUACAGAGCCUGAAAAGUCUGGUCACAGCCCAGGCACUUCAGACCAUAGGAAACAUGGCAAAUAUAGGCACAGGUGGUGGAAUGGCUGGCAUGAAUAUAGACAGUGGUAGAGCCAACCAGUUUGGGUAUUCACCCACCAAUAUGCCCUACCUUGGUUCAGGGAGAGAUAUGCUGAUGACAGGCGGUGGCAUGGGCCCACAAACCAGUCAUUCCAGUGUCAGUAGCAGGACAAAUUUUCACUCAGCUGCAGCUAGCUACUCUGGCAGAAGUGGAAGGUAUGGCCCGAGUGAUGUGAAACCUUCAAGCUUGUCUGCUAAGCCUAGGAAGCGGAGGAAGGUAAGACAACGAGAUGCAACAGCCAAUAGAUCCAGUGUUUAUGCAGGAUCAACAAACCAGCCCUUCUCAGACAACAGAGGUGGAGACAGUGGGUUCAAGAGUGUACAUCGAGGGUUUGAGGAAUCCAGACCACAGCCAUCCUAUACCUCUCAGUACAGUAUGAGUUAUGGACAGUCCAGCCAGCCAGCCAGCACCACUCUGGUGUCUGAUGUGCCCCAAGAACAAUACUACUCUGAGAAUGCAACUAGUUACAGUACCUCUGAUGUGCCUGAAAACAGAUACUACUCUGAGCAGCCAGAUAGUUACAGUACAUUGGCGAUGUCUAGUGUGCCUCAGGACAGAUACUACUCUGAGAACCCAGUUGGUUACAGUACCUCUGAUGUGGCUGGGAACAGAUAUUACUCUGAGAACCCAGUUUUGGAGGCUAGCAAGGGAGGAAUGGGAGGGUAUGAGCAGUCAACUUCUCAGCCACUGAAGCACUCAACAUUGCAGAUCGGUACGGAUUCUUCAGGUCAUCAACAUGUAGUUGGUGUGAAGCCUGCAUCAUCUGAUGUGGUUGGGAACACGUGGUAUCAGAACAGUAGAGCGGGGGAUGUUGGCUACAGCAGUGGGGGAUAUGAUCAAAGCACCCAGAGUUCUGUGCCAUACGGCUCGAUUUCUGCUGGACAGGCUGGUACUUUUGAGAACUCCUAUUCUAACACUACAGCACGAAGGGGAUAG